AUUUAAGAUUGGAUUGUCUUUCUUAGACAGUGCUCAUCAAUCUCAGGGUUCUGUAUUUUUUUUUAUUUAAAUUUUCUUAUUCUUAAUUAAACUUGUCCGAAUAUCCUCGAUCGAUCGUAUGCAUGGAGAUCGGAAGUAGCUUCCGAAGAACUGCUUCGGCCUGGAGGAACAAUGGGAUCGAGCUGUUCUCGGGCUCGUCGAGGGACGAGGAUGACGAGGAGGCCCUAAAGUGGGCUGCCCUUGAGCGGCUCCCGACUUUUGACCGCCUAAGAAAAGGCAUCCUUGUGGGAUCGCGAGGCGCCGCCGAUGAGGUCGACGUGCAAGACCUCGGCUUGCACGACCGGACCAAGCUGCUCGAGAGGCUUGUGAGGGUUGCGCAAGACGAUAAUGAGAAGUUUUUGUUGAAGCUCAAAAAUCGAAUUGAUAGAGUCGGGAUAGAAUUACCAACGAUAGAGGUUCGGUUCGAGCAUCUAAAAGUCGAAACAGAAGCUUAUGUGGGGAGUCGGGCUCUGCCUUCUUUUGUGAACUUCUUCACCAAUAUUUUGGAGGGAUUGUCAAAUUAUUUUCAUAUUCUUCCAAGUAGAAAGAAGCCGGUAACGAUCCUCAACGAUGUCAGUGGAAUCAUAAAGCCAGGCCGCAUGACGCUUCUUUUAGGCCCCCCGAGCUCAGGGAAGACAACGUUUUUGCUGGCAUUGGCCGGGAUGAUUGAUCCCGAGCUCAAGGUUUCAGGAAAUGUUACGUACAACGGACAUGGAAUGAAGGAGUUCAUACCACAAAGAACUGCAGCAUACAUCAGCCAGAACGAUGUCCACAUCGGAGAAAUGACUGUCCGAGAAACACUCGCAUUCUCCGCCAGAUGUCAGGGCGUCGGCAGCAGCCACGAUAUGCUGUUGGAGUUGGCCAGACGGGAAAAGGCGGCCAACAUUAAGCCCGACGCCGAUGUCGAUAUUUACAUGAAAGCAGCGUUUACAAAAGGCCAAGAGGCGAGCAUAACGACAGACUACGUGCUUAAGAUAUUGGGAUUGGACAUCUGCGCCGACACUUUGGUCGGCGACGAGAUGGUCCGAGGGAUCUCCGGAGGGCAGCGCAAACGCGUUACGACAGGGGAGAUGUUGGUCGGACCGGCGAAGGCGCUUUUCAUGGACGAAAUAUCGACAGGGCUCGACAGUUCGACGACGUUCCAAGUGGUGAACUCCAUCCGGCAGUCGAACCAUAUCCUCAAAGCGACGGUGCUCGUUUCGCUACUUCAGCCAGAACCCGAGACUUUCGAGCUAUUCGAUGACCUAAUUAUGAUAUCCGAAGGAAAAAUAGUCUACCAGGGUGCGCGCGAGCAUGUGCUCGAGUUUUUCCUGAACAUGGGAUUCAAAUGCCCCGAAAGAAAAGGCGUGGCCGACUUCUUGCAAGAAGUAACCUCGAGGAAAGACCAGCAGCAGUAUUGGGCUGAUCGCGACAAGCCGUAUAGGUACAUUUCAGUCGAACAAUUCGUGGAGGCGUUCAGGUCAUUCCACGUUGGGAGGAGACUAAUGACGGAGCUAUCCACCCCAUUCGACCGGACAAAAAGCCAUCCGGCCGCUCUUACAACUAAGGAAUACGGUGUCUCGACAAAGGAGCUCUUGAAAGCUUGCGCGUCGCGAGAAAUCUUGCUUAUGAAGCGAAACUCGUUCCUCUACACCUUUAAGCUCGUACAGCUUGCUAUUAUGGCUGUCAUAGCUAUGACAGUCUUUCUACGCGUAAAGAUGCACCGUGACACUUUGACGGAUGGCCGGAUAUACUUAGGCGCUCUGUUCUAUGCUGUCACGACUGUCACAUUCAACGGCAUGGCUGAAAUAGCGAUGAUAGUCCAGAAGCUUCCGGUCUUUUACAAGCAACGGAACUUUCAUUUUUUCCCCGCUUGGGUUUACGCUAUUCCUACGUGGUUAGCAAGUAUCCCGGUUAGCGUAGUUGAGAUUGGAGUCUUUACGAUACUCACUUAUUACGAGAUUGGAUUCGAUCCAAACUUCGGAAGAUUCGUGAAGUAUUAUUUGGUGCUCUUGAUUCAAAUCCAAGCAAUGUCUUCGUUGUUUCGAUUUAUCGGGGCAACGGGUAGGAACAUGAUUGUGGCGAACACAUACGGGUUCUUUAUACUUCUCCUUGUGUUCGCGUUGAGCGGGUUUGUUCUAUCGCGAGAUAAUGUGAAGAAGUGGUGGAUAUGGGGCUAUUACAUCUCGCCGAUGAUGUAUUCUUCGAAUGCCAUCGGCGUGAACGAGUUUAGAGGGCAUAGUUGGAGACGUGUUUUGCCAAACUCAAACGUCUCGAUUGGAGUCGAGAUCUUGAAGCUUCAAGGAUACUUCGCGGGCUCGCAGUGGUAUUGGAUCGGAAUAGGAGUCUCGCUCGGGAUGAUGCUUCUAUUCAACGUCUUAUGCGCUGUUGCCUUGACAUACUUGAAUCCUCUUGGAAAGCCUCAAGCCGUGCUUCAAGAAGACCGAACAAACGAAAAUAUUUCUGUUACUGAAAAUGACGGGAGGGACGAGAGAAGGGGGAAAAGGGAUGUAGUACUUCCAUUUGAACCACACUCCAUAACCUUCGACGAGGUUUUGUACUCGGUCGACAUGCCACAGGAAAUGAGAAAUCAAGGUGCUACUGAGGAUAAACUGGUGUUGUUGAAGGGUGUAAGCGGGGCUUUCCGGCCGGGAGUUCUUACCGCUCUAAUGGGAGUUAGCGGGGCGGGUAAAACUACGCUUAUGGAUGUUUUGGCGGGUCGAAAAACGGGUGGAUAUAUCGAUGGGAACAUCAUGAUCUCGGGAUAUCCGAAGAAGCAAGAAACUUUUGCUCGAAUUUCCGGAUACUGCGAGCAAAACGACAUUCAUUCGCCUUGUGUGACAGUGUACGAAUCCUUGGUUUUCUCGGCUUGGUUACGUUUGUCGCCGGAAAUAAAUUCAGACACACGGAAGGCAUUUGUCGAGAAUGUGAUGGAGCUCGUCGAAUUGAAUGCGGUAAGAGACGGACUAGUCGGGCUGCCAGGGGUUAACGGUCUUUCGACAGAGCAACGGAAGAGGCUAACCAUAGCGGUCGAGCUAGUGGCGAAUCCGUCUAUAAUAUUUAUGGAUGAACCGACUUCGGGUUUGGACGCUAGAGCUGCGGCGAUUGUAAUGAGGACGGUGAGGAACACGGUGGACACCGGACGGACAGUCGUGUGCACCAUCCAUCAGCCUAGUAUCGACAUCUUCGAAUCUUUCGACGAGCUAUUUUUGAUGAAGCGAGGCGGACAAGAGAUAUACGUAGGGCCUCUCGGCCGACUUUCUUGCAAUCUCAUACAAUACUUCGAGGGUUUCGAAGGCGUUGCGAAAAUUAGGGAUGGCUACAAUCCGGCGACAUGGAUGUUGGAGGUAACGUCUUCGGCUCAAGAGAUGAUUUCGGGUAUCGACUUCAAUGAACUAUACAAGAACUCGGAACUUUACAGGCGAAACAAAGCGCUCAUUAGCGAGCUUAGCAUUCCACGGCCGGGUUCGAAAGACCUUCAUUUUGAUACACAGUAUUCUCAGCCUUUUGCCAUCCAAUGCAUUGCUUGCUUAUGGAAGCAAUAUUGGUCGUAUUGGCGCAAUCCUCUUUACUCGGCUGUAAGAAUUUUGUACACGGCAUUCCUCGCCCUCAUGUUCGGAUCUAUGUUUUGGGACUUAGGCUCGAAAAGGAAUACUCAACAAAGCAUUUUCAAUGCCAUGGGUUCGAUGUACGCUUCCGUGUUCUUUCUUGGCGUGCAAAUUGCUUCAUCGGUGCAGCCGGUGGUCUCUGUUGAACGGACAGUGUUUUAUCGCGAACGAGCAGCCGGGCUAUACUCCGCUCUACCGUAUGCAUUCGGACAGGCGAUGAUCGAGGUUCCUUACGCAUUCGCUCAAGCGACCAUAUACGGAACGAUCGUGUAUGCUAUGAUAGGAUUCGAAUGGACCGCGGAAAAAUACUUUUGGUAUAUAUUCUUCAUGUUCUUCACUCUAUUGUACUUCAUUUUCUACGGCAUGAUGGCUGUCGCCGUGACGCCCAAUCCUCACAUCGCCAACAUAAUAUCCUACUCGUUUUACGCCUUGUGGAACCUCUUUUCCGGCUUCCUAAUUCCUCGGCCGCGAACGCCGGUGUGGUGGAGAUGGUUCCAUUGGGUGAAUCCGGUUGCGUGGACAUUGUACGGAUUAGUUGCCUCGCAAUUUGGGGACAUAACUGAUGAGUUGGAAGACACGAAGGAACCGGUUCGACACUUCCUGAAUAGCUACUUCGGGUUCAGACAUGAUUUCGUCGGCGUUGUGGCUGCCGUUGUUGUCGGCCUCGGGCUUACCUUCGGUUCGAUGUUUGCAUUCUCGAUCAAGGCAUUCAAUUUCCAAAGGCGAUAAUAUAUAGUACUUGUUAUUAUGUUCGAUGUAGGUUGGGUGCUUCUCAUAUUUAGUGUAGUAAGUGACGAGUCGUGUAGCUCUUCCCAUUUA